CUGCAGAAAAAGCUCAGAGAGAGAGAGAGAGAGAGAGAGAGAUUUUCAAAUAUAUUGGGCAAGAACAGAGCUUGAGCUUUCUCCAUUUGCAGUGAUCUUCCGAAGACAGAGACGAAACGAAACAAGAGAUCUCCUUCGUCUUCUUCGCAAUCUCAUUUCCCAUGUUCAAACCCUCUUGAAUCCCCCCCGCCCCUCCCAAAAAACGAAGUAGAUUCGGCGACGAACGAUGGUCCUUGGCUGGAGAAGAGCUUUCUGCACAUCCCUCCCCAAAGACGACGACGCCGCCGCCGCCGCCGCCUCCAAGACCUUCUCCUGCAAGCUCCCCCGGCUCAACAAUGGCGGCAGCACCGGCAAUAGCCCCAGAAUGUCCUCCAAAUUCGGCUUCUUCUCCAAUCCCUCCACCCCCCGCUCCCAGUCUCAGCCUCAGCCGCAGCAGGAGCCGAGCCCCAGCCUCCGCUGCCGGACCUCUGCGGCCACGCCCGCCUCGUCCGUGCCCAGCAGCCCGAGGCUCCAGUGCAAGACGGCUCCGAAGAGGAGCGGCGACGGCGAGCACCAGAGCAACAGCCUGGCCCUGUUCAAUCUCUCGAAUCCUUCGUCCCCGAGAUCGCCGUCCGGCUUCUCUCUCCUCAAGGCGAGCCUCCGUCUCUCAAGAACGAGAUGUGGAAUUUGCUUGCAGAGCGUGAAAACAGGGCAAGGGACCGCCAUUUUCACGGCGGAGUGCGCUCACACCUUCCACUUCCCUUGCGUCGCGGCUCACGUCAGGAAGCACAGGGUCCUCGCUUGUCCGGUCUGCAACGCCUGCUGGAAGGAGAUUCCGUUGCUCGAAACGCACAAGAUCGACGGGGACCACGCAGGGUCGAAGAUCGCGAAUGCCAAGCCCAAACCGCUGCGAGUCUACAACGACGACGAGUCGCUGCUGUCUCCUUGCUCCGUCUCUCGAUUCAAUACGAUUCCUGAAUCGGACGAGAGCAACGAAGAUGAUCAGCAGCGAGAGGAGGAUGUGGAGUUUCAAGGUUUCUGCGUCGGCUCAUCGGCGGCGUCGCCAUUGAGCAGAAUGAGAUUGUCGGACGAGGAGAAGAACGGGAGAACCGUGGAGGUGAGCUUGCUGCCUGAAGCGGCGGUUAUUUCCGCGAACAAGAGCUACGGGACGUGCGCGGUGGUUCUGAAGGUGAAAGCGCCGGCGGCGGCGGGGAAGGCGGCCUCUGCCAGAGCUCCGAUCGAUCUGGUGACGGUCCUGGAUGUGAGCGCGAGCAUGACCGGCGAGAAGCUCCUCAUGAUGAAGCGCGCGAUGCGGCUGGUCAUCUCCUCGCUUGGUGAGACCGACCGCCUGUCCAUCGUCGCCUUCUCCACCACCUCCAAGCGGCUCCUGCCGUUGAAGAGGAUGACGAUGACCGGUCGCCGGUCGGCCCGGAGGAUAGUCGACGCGAUCGGCUGCACCGGCCAGGCCGGGGUCGUCAACGACGCGCUGAGAAAGGCGGCGAAGGUUCUCGAGGACAGGCGCGAGAGGAACCCCGCCGCGACGAUCAUGCUCCUAUCGGACGGCCAGGACCAGCGGGUGCACGCGAACGCCGCGAAGCAGAGGCGAAACUCCUCCAUCGUGUCGUCCACGCGGUUCGGCGACAUCCCCGUGCAUGCCGUCGGCUUCUGCGACCCCUGCGGCAGCGCGUCGAGUCACGCGGCGCAGGACGAGUCCUUCGCGAGGUGCCUGAGCGGCCUGAUGUGCGUCGUCGUGCACGACUUGAAGCUCCAGCUCGGGUUCAUCUCCGGGUCGGACCGGGUCGAGAUAACGGCGGUUUACUCCCUGAUGGGCCGGCCCGCGUCGCUGGGGUCCGGUCUGAUCCGGGUGGGCGAUCUCUUCGCGGAGGAAGAGAGGGAGCUGCUCGUGGAGCUGAGGCUGAGCGGGUCCCACCACGUGAUGUCGGUGGGCUCGUCCUACAGGGACCCACUGACGCAUGAGCUCGUGUACUCGCGGGAGCAGCCGAUCCCCGUCCCCCGCCCCCAAGCCGUGAGAUCAUCGUCGCCCCACAGCAUCCAACGCCUGAAGAACCUCCACGUCACGGCGCGGGCGAUCGCGGAGUCCCGCCGGCUAGCCGAGCGCAGCGACGCGUCGGGGGCGUACCACCUGCUCUCGUCCGCCCGGGCGCUGGUGGCGCAGUCCGGGCUGACCUCGGCGGACGAGUUCCUGCGCUGCCUGGAAGCGGAGCUGAGGGAGCUCCAGCGGCAGAGGCAAGCCCAGAGGGGCAGAGCCGCGGGGAGGCGAGACCCCGCCGGUGGGGCGGGGGAGAAGCCGGAGCCGCUGACGCCGACGUCGGCUUGGAGAGCGGCGGAAAGGCUGGCGAAGGUGGCGAUCAUGAGGAAGUCGAUGAACCGGGUUAGCGACUUGCACGGCUUCGAAAACGCAAGAUUCUAAGCCUGUCUCUGUCUCUCUUUUUUUUUUCUUUUCCAUUUUUUCUUUUUCCCAUUUUGCUGUGUCUUUUUUCUCCCCUUGCAAAUAUAUAAAUA